AGAACGAAAGACCAUCACAGAACCGCAUACAAUCCAAGGCAGAGAGAAAUAUUAGAAAAUGAGUUUUGGAAGAACAAAUUUUUGAACGCGAUUCGAAGAGAGAAGAUUGCAGCUGAAACCGAUCUGGAUGCCAAGCAGGUUUGCUACUGGUUUCAAAACAGGCGUGUAAAAGAAAAGAAACUA